UGGUCUAAUUGAUGUUACACCGGAAGUACUACGGGAAUCAUUUAACGCAACACAAAUUCCUUUUCCGUCCUCUUUUCAUACAGCCACAGGAAGAAAAUGACGAAGGGGACGUCCUCUUUCGGAAAGCGGCGCAACAAGACGCACGCCCUGUGCCGUCGCUGUGGCUCCAAGGCUUACCACCUGCAGAAGUCCAGCUGCGGAAAGUGUGGCUACCCUGAGAAGCGCAAGAGAAAGUACAACUGGAGCGCCAAAGCAAAGAGGAGGAGCACCACUGGCACUGGGCGUCUGAGGCACUUGAGAGUGGUCUACCGCAGGUUCAGGAACGGGUUCCGGGAGGGCACUGCCCCCAAGCCCAAACGAGCUGCUGUGGCUGCCUCCAGCUCGUCCUAGAUGACACACUUUUGUUUAAUAAAUGUGCUGUUAAUAAGUAAA